GUGGAAAAUCGUAAGUAUCUAAUUUAUAAAUUUUAUUUAGUAUACAUGUUUCCAUGUUUCCAUGUUUAUAAUUAACACUUAUUCAAAUUGUUGUUUAGUUUCUCUCCGAGUAGGCCAGCUGCACAGUGUGUAAAACAUGUGAUUCAACAAAUGUAUAAAAAAGCUUGGAAGUCAUUCAAAGAACUUUCCAAGGAUGAGAAAGAUGAAUGGUUUGAUAAAUUUAAGGAAAAGUGUACGUGGAAUGUAAUGGAUGAAUAUAUGAUUAGAAAAAAUUAUCGGGGAAGAACAUCUGUCCGACUUUCUGACAUGCUUAGGCGUGUCAGACUUGAUUGGGAAGAACGAAAUAUUCGUCCCAACUGGAUAGGCAAGGAAGUAUUUGACGAACUUCUUGCCUAUUGGGCUACCGAUAAUUUUAAAGCUAAAUCUCAAAAAGCAAAAGACAUGAGAGCAUCCGAAAGGGGGGGUUGCCUUAAUGCUACAGGAAGUAUAAGCAUUGGAGAACAUGCAAAACGGAUGACUAAGGCACAAGGAAGACCCCCCCGACUUAAUGAGUUGUUUGUGAAGACCCGUACAAAAAAAUCGGGGGAUUUGGUUGAUGAUCGGUCGAGAAGAACUAUAGAGGAGUAUCAAAGAUUGCUCACACAAUUUCUAGUUGAAAAUCCUCAAUAUACACCUGUUGGUUCUAAUCCGCUUGAUCCACGCGUGGAUAUGUAUAUUUGGAGCUUAGUCACUGGAGGGAAGGGACGUAAUGGGUGUUUUUUUGGUGUUGGUCCUUUGGCUGGCAACUACAGAACCGGAGAUAGAACUUUAUUUGAUAGAGUUGCAAGUGGGGAAGGAACGUCCCGUCCAACACAAUUGACACCUGAAAUGAUGGAAACGGUGAGGCAACUGGCUCUAACAGAGGCUAGACGAGAGACGGCGGAGCGUGAGGCGGCGUUAAAGGCCGAAUUAGAGGAAAUGAAAAAAAGACAACACGAUAUGGAGGAGCAAAUGAGACAAUUUAUGCAGUCCAUGAGUAGAAAUCAAAAUCAAAGAACAACUGAAGACGAUGAAGAUGACGACGAAUUUGAUGUGUAA